AUGGCAUCUGGAGAUACUUGUUGUUCUCUCAUAUGGCAGGUCUCUAUUCCCACAAUUAGGGAAGCACUUCCUGACGUAGCCGCCGACCUCUGUACGCAAUGCUCUUCUCUUGACCUUUACGCUCUACGGAAUGCGCGACAUAAUACAAAUAUACGACUUAAAAGCAAAAGCGACAAUGCCACACCUGUCAACCAACACGGUGAAGUCAAGUUCGAAAUUUUGGCCGCGAACCUAGCGAGCGAGUAUCUUAACAUACCUUCGCUUGCAGCAAAUGCCUUUGAUAGAAGCCAUGUGCUUCUUUUGAGGCCCUUAGACUCCUAUUCGUCGCGGUUUGCAAUAUCCCCUCUCCCAAACAACUCUCAAGACACCGAGGGGCCACAAGACAAUGAGUCAAUUGUGGCCCGAAAGGCUGGCUUUCUGCCACGUCAGGUGCCCAAGACCAUUAGCGAUGCUAUCCAGGCGACGAUCCGACUUGACCUUCAAUAUCUCUGGGUGGACCAAUACUGCAUCAAUCAGAAGGAUGAAGCCGAGCUAGCCGAGCAAGUUGGUAUUAUGGAUAUGGUCUACAACCUUGCCACCGUUACAUUAAUUGCGGCAUGUGGUGAGGAUGCUCAUUUCGGUCUGCCUGGAGUUGGCUCUACGCCGCGAGGCCCGCCGCCUCUGAUAAAGUUACAUGGACACGUGUGGGUAUCCUCUGAUCCGGAGAGACUACUAGUGGCCAGGAUCAAGAGAUCUCGAUGGUGGACUAGGGCUUGGACAUACCAGGAAGGGCUCUUCUCCAGGCGUCGAAUCUUCUUCGCCGAAACCGAGGUUUACUUUGAGUGCAACGAUUUGUGUACGCGGGAGACUGUAUCCUUUGAUCUCCAUGAUUACAACAACGAGGACCAUAUGCUAAUCACCGGCAUAUAUGAUGGCGGCUAUAACUCCAGGCAUGAAGGCCUAGGUCAACAUCUCAAGGCCAUCUCGCAACGACAAUUGACGUACCAGACAGACGCGCUCAAUGUCGCCCGGGGCAUUUUCAGGGCGUAUUCAUCAAUGCCUACACCUAUACAUCACUUUUGGGGAAUCCCUAUAACAGAGAAUGCUAAUGAAUUAACGUCUUGGGCGCCAAGUCGGGGUGCAACCAGCCAGUCCGAAACACACAAAAGAGGCCCAUGUUAUCUUGACUCCUGUUUUGCUGAUGGUCUUUGCUGGAUUCCAGAGAACACGUCGCAGCGGAGAGAAGGAUUCCCCAGUUGGUCUUGGUCAGGAUGGAUUGGGUCGUUGCGCAGUUUUGAUGCUCACAGUACAUCGAGCAUUAAGAUCUGGCUUCAAAGGACAGAUGGAACGCACCACAGGAUCUCUGACUCGGUUAUCGCUGAGAUUGAUGCUGAUAAGGCCGCUGGAAAGCCUCCUUAUACGCAAGUCCUUCGCAUCGAAAGUCGGACGAUUCAAGUAACUUUUAGAUAUCUCCCCGAUAAUGGCUUUGAGAGAUCCUACUGGGAUCGCGAUUGGGCGAUUCCAAAGCCUGUCUACUUUGUAGUUACAUUCAGUAACUCAGACUACGAUUACCAUCACGGCACAUGGGAGCUCUGUGAGGAGACAUUUGACUGCCAUUUAUUAUCUGCAGAAGGGUCUAUCGGAUUGGUCGUUAGAGAAAGGGAAGGGACCAUCGCAGAGAGGUUGGGGUAUAUUGACACCCAUGACGCACUUGCAUGGAAGCCGGAUGGGCCAUCUGGCUCUGUUUCGACCAUCAAUCGCGCUAUGGCUCCCAGGCUCGCUGAUCAUGUUUCCGGUAAAAUUAAAACUGUCAUGCUAGGAUAA